ACGUGAUUUGUUAUACUAGAACAUAUAUAAAGUACGCAAGAGAUUGAAAAUUAUAACAAAAUACUGCAACACUGAAAGGAGAUGAUGGGGCGAUUUCCUUUAAUGGUGGCCAUGCUGGUGUUAUUAAUGGUGGUAGUAAACGGAAGAACAUAUGGAGAUCCGCGCCCGACUAACCCACCAGCAUACAACGUCUGCACACUGCCUCUCAGAGUUGGCCGAUGUCGGGGUCGAUGUCCACGCUAUUACUACGACAGCUCAGAAAGAAAAUGUCUCCGAUUCAAUUACGGUUGUUGUGGAGGAAAUGCCAAUAAUUUUAAGACAAAGUCUCUUUGCCAGCGUGUUUGUAUGCCGAGAAUUUGUCCAGCUAUAGCUUGUUUUGCCUCUCCCUGCCAAGUGGAGACCUGCCCAAAUUACCCAGAAGCUUCUUGUCAUCUUGUGUGUCCAUGUGAGUCUAUGUGGCUGCACGAGGGAGAAGACGUAACUGCCCGCUGUCGCGACAAUUACUAGAAGACGAACGACAAGCUAGAAAAUGGUUCAAGGAAAUCUGUACAAACGUCCAUGUUAAUUACAUAGCCCAAUUUUAUUUCCGGAAAGGACAUAAAUUAAAAGUAAUUUCACUGUA